AUGGCCAGCGCCAGCGUUUGGAUUCACGAAAAAUGGGACCCAUGUACCCAAGAACACGAUAUUGCCAUAAUCGAACUUCUCGAGAAUGUUACGUUCAGCAAAGAAGUGGCUCCGAUAUGCUUACCCUCUAAAGACCUCAAGCUGGCAAAGCUUCUGAGAGCAGCUGGAGCUGGGAUGAACCUUUCCGCAGUGAUAAAUGACGAAGCCAUAGUUUUGCGUCUCGUUUACUUCAUUCUCGCACAUAGAAGAAGACCGAAAACACGGUUUGAUCAUGACACGGGAGAACAAAACUUCUCUAUGCGUGGUAUCAAAUAA